AUGGCAAAGAACCUAAAUAUUCUUGUUUUUGUUCUUCUUGUAGCAAAUCUUCUCCAUGGUUCGUUAGCACAAACACGCCACGUGGUUGGUGAUACCAAAGGAUGGACUAUCCCAAACGAUGGUGCUUCAUUUUAUGUCAACUGGGCUUCAAAAAAUACAUUCACAGUCGGCGACACUAUUGUGUUUAAUUUUCCAACUGGAGCACAUGAUGUGGCUAAGGUAACAAAAUCAGCUUUCGAUGGUUGUAAUGUAGCGAACACACUUUCUAUGUUAACAAACGGUCCAGCUACGGUGACUCUGACCGAAACAGGACAACAAUAUUUCAUUUGUACCUUUGGAACUCACUGUUCUCUUGGUCAGAAAGUUUCAAUUAACGUUGUUAAAGCUUCAACUUCACCUGUUUCUGCUCCUAAACCCAGUGCUUCUUCUCCACCAAAACGAGCACCAGUACAAGCACCAACACCAACACCAACCACAACAGCCUCACCAACACCAGCACCAGCACCAACCACCACUGCUUCACCGGCUCCAGCUCCUGUUACUGGACCUGUUACUUACACCGUUGGUGAUACCUUAGGUUGGACUAUUCCCUCUAAUGGUGCUGCUGCUUAUACAGCUUGGGCUUCUCGCAAGUCUUUCAAAGUUGGAGACAUCCUUGUUUUCAAUUUCCCAUUGAAUGCACACAAUGUGGAAGAGGUGACAAAACAGAAAUAUGGUUCUUGCAGCUCAUCUUCUCCGAUUGCAACUUUUAGCAAUCCACCGGUGAGAGUCACACUUAACAAAACUGGUACUCAUUAUUUCAUCUGUGGUGUUACCGGACACUGCUCUGCUGGCCAAAAGCUUUCCAUCAAUGUUGGUGGUGGAAGCAGCAGCAGCAGCAGCCCCGCCACAUCACCUUCUCCAGCCGCCACAUCACCUUCUCCUGAUGCCGGUGCCACUCCACCUUCCUCAUCUGGUUCUCCUCCACCGUCUUCUACCGUUACCCCUUCUUCUCAGUCUCCAGGUGGUUCUGUCAGCCCUCCUCCUGAGAACUCCGGUGCUGCAUCUCUUGGAGUUGCUGGAUUAUUUGUCGCAUUUCUCUCGGUUGCCGCAGCAUUCUUCUGUUAG